UGGCAACUAAAAAAAAUAACGUAGUGCGUUUGCCGUCAGUGACAAGGCAGACAACACAAUUUUUGUAUAAAAGUGCACAUAAAAAUCAAAACACACUUUUUGUAUUAUGUACAAAAAUAUCGAAGAAACUAUUCCACUUAUAACAAUACAGGCAGAAGAAGGCACAAGUCGUCGCAACUCCGAGGUCGAGGACAACGAUGGUAGUGAGGUCAACGCGGGGUCAUCCAGGGUGCUCUCCGCUGCCACGUCUAGGGAAGACGAUGAGGACUCUAGCAACAAUGCCAGCAGCGAAAGCAAAAGCCCUGGGCAAAGAACAAAAUCGAACCAAAGAUGGAUGAAGCUUCGAACCACCGUGCAGCUGAGCUCCGCGAUACAAAAGAAGCCGCCGUUGAAAAGGGAAGAUUCGUUCUUGAAGAGGUUUUCGACUAGGCAGACGCCGGCCACGCAGGAAACUGUAGAGGACACAGGGUCAGAAGGAGCGACAGGAGAACACAGAACUACGAACCGGACGAGAAGAAGAAAAGUCAGAGCCCCAAGGACGGUCGUCAAUCCUGACGAGAACUUCUACUUUUAUUGGCUGUGGCUGAUCACCAUCUUCGUUCUGUAUAACCUGUGGACCCUGAUUGUACGGCAGAGCUUCCCCGAGCUGCAGAUCAUGUGCCACUACUUCUGGCUGACGUGCGACGGGAUCAGCGACGUGGUGUUCGCGCUGGACCUGGUAGUUCAGCUGCGGACGGGCUACCUGGAGCAGGGUUUGAUGGUAUACGACUCGAAGAAGCUGGCCAAGCACUACCUCACCUCGCGGCCGUUUCUGCUGGACAUCGCCUCGCUGACGCCGUUAGACCUGCUGCAGCUCAAGAUCGGCACCAACCCCAUCAUCAGGUUCCCCAGGUUCCUCAAGGUGUACAGAGCGGUGAACUUCUACUACAUCGUGGAGUCGCGGACGGUGUACCCCAACUUCUGGCGGGUCAUCAACCUGAUCCACAUCCUGCUGAUCCUGGCGCACUGGUUCGGCUGCUUCUACUUCUUGCUGUCAGAGGCUGAGGGCUUCCAGGGUGACUGGGCGUACCCCCACCGUCCUGGUGACUACGCAACCCUCACCAGGAAGUACCUCGGCUCCCUCUACUGGUCGACCCUGACUCUCACCACCAUCGGCGACCUGCCGACUCCAGAAACCAACGCUGACACACACGGAGGCCCCAAAUUUCUGCCGCGCCGCGGACUCAAGUCGCGCCUACUGCAGUUCCGAUCCAACCGAGGAUACGUGUUCACAAUCGUGAGCUACCUGAUCGGCGUGUUCAUAUUCGCGACCAUAGUCGGGCAGGUGGGCAACGUCAUCACGAACAGGAACGCCAACCGGCUGGAGUUCGAACGGCUAUUGGAUGGCGCCAAAACGUACAUGAGACACCAUAAGGUCCCUGGAGGGAUGAAGCGCAGGGUCCUCCGCUGGUACGACUACUCGUGGUCGCGCGGGCGCAUCCAGGGAGGCGGCGACAUCAACACCGCCCUAGGCCUGCUGCCCGACAAGCUGAAGACUGAGCUGGCUUUGCACGUCAACUUGAGCGUGCUGAAGAAGGUUACUAUUUUCCAAGAGUGUCAACCAGAGUUCCUUCAUGAUCUAGUAUUAAAAAUGAAAGCCUACAUAUUUACGCCAGGAGACUCAAUAUGUAGGAAAGGGGAAGUGGCCAGGGAGAUGUUCAUUAUAGCAGACGGAAUUCUAGAAGUUAUAUCAGAAACGGGAAGAGUUCUGACCACUAUGAAGGCUGGGGACUUCUUCGGGGAAAUAGGAAUACUGAACCUGGAUGGACUUAACAAGCGAACAGCAGACGUGCGAUCUGUAGGGUACUCGGAACUGUUCUCGCUGUCCCGGGAAGAUGUGCUAGCAGCCAUGAAGGACUACCCCGAAGCUCAGGACAUACUCCAAACCCUGGGCAGGAAGAGACUGCAAGAGGCGAAGAACAUGUCUCGGAAACAUGCGAAAAGAGACCUAAGCCCGGACAAGAUAGCUGGGGACGACAGCGGCCCAAAACGUAUUGUGCAUAAAAUAAGGAGCGAUGUUAAGGGUAUCCGCAACGCGAUCCGUAGUAGGUCCCGAGCUACCCGCCGUUCCGGGGAAUCCCUAGAACUGCAAGCCCUAGCAGGGACCGAAAGGACUGGUACCUCCGACGCCAAGGUCCUUAGGAGGAUGCCGAGAGUUGAGAGCGACGACUCACAACCGCACAACCAUGAGGAUAUCAAUGGGGAAACUACAUCAGGCAGUAAAGAUGGAGAAAAGUGCAUCUCGCCAAUUGGAGCUGGACUGCCUUUGCUGUCGCGACUGAAACUGCUCAAAGAAAAACAGGAUCGUGAAGAAAAAGUAGCGAAACAAAGGCAUUCAACAUCUUCUGUCAUAUCCCCACCUCCAGCACAACCCACCCCCUCAACCAGCUCUGCUCCUGACGGAGAAGCAGAAGUCAUAGGAGCUGGCCUUCCUCUCCUUCAAAGAUUGUUGCUCCUUAAGGCCAAGGAAGAGAGAGAGAAGAAUCAGCUGACACCAUCAACCAGCAAUCAACCUUCAAGCUCAGAUACUAUCAGCCCCAGUUCAAUAAAAAGUCCCCUAAGUCCAACGAUUAAAACUCUCAGUCCUAUCAGAAAAAGUUCGGAAUCAAGUAGCCCAGGAAAAUUACAUAGUCCCACAACAAAAACUUCUAGGAAGAAUUCGUCUGGCUCUAGCGAUGGUGCUUCUCGACCUAAAGUUAGUUUUAAAGAUAAGAUAUUACAAGUGCAAAGUGACGGCACUGCUGUAUGUCAGCCUCUAAAUAAAGAUGUUAGUGAAAAACCCGCAGCAGUGGUUGAGCCUACUCCUAAAACAGAAAGUAACCUAAUAUCUAUUCCCCAUUCAGUAGUAAGCAAAAUUAAAUCACCAGCUAAAGCUGUAGGAUCAACUUUUAGAGAUAAGCUGAAAUUGCUUGGAGUUCAAAAAGACAAUGACAGUGCUACAGUUGAACGAAGCAAACCAAUUCCAAUAGAUAAAGCUUCCAUUGAAAUAACACCUUUGCAAACCACUGAGAGUAAAGAGGAAGUUAAAACUAAGAAACCUUGGACGAAACUAAAAAAGGCCGCUAUUUUAGGGGAGUCUAAGAGCCAAAGCAAAUCUAGUUUAGAAGAAAAGAAUGAUACCGAAACUAAAGAUGGUAGUGAGGAAUGUAAAACUGAAGCGAUUGUAAAUAUUAGUGUGCCUCUAGUUACUACGGCAGAGCUUGUUAAAAUAGACAAUAAUAAUCUUGAAAGUGAUAGUGAUAACGUUAAGCAAGAUAAACCUAAGAUUUGCUUAACAGGCCCUUUGGAACCCGUCCAAGAAAAGUCUUUAGAUUUAUUAACUUUAUCCCCAAAAAAGAAUAACGCGAUGAAAACAGCUGACCCAAAAAAUGUACCAGGAGGAAUGUUGCUACCUAGAGUAAAAAAAUACAGAUCAAUAGACGAUUUAUCGCCCGAAUACGGAGGGCUACCAUUUGUGAAAAAGCUGAAAAUAUUAAAUGAGAGACAAAAAUUGGCUGAACUAGAACAAGUCGUAAAGUUUCGCAGUUCAAGUCUAGACUGUACAAGUUCGUCCGAAGAUUUGCUUUGCGAUACUCUAACUAGGAGCCAUUCUGAAGGUAGCACAAUGUAUAAGAGGAAAUUCAAAAGAAAAUCGAGUGAUGCAAUAGGAUGCCAUGAAUCGAAUGAAACUUUGGAGAGGCGAACCCUGAAGUCUAUUUUGAAGAAGUUAUCAGAAGAUGUGACUCCAAGUGAAAGCCCUGAAAGGACUAAUGAACUAAGGAGGUUAAUACGAGCACCUACUUUAGAAGGAUAUGCUGCUAGACAUUCGAAAUUUGCCAAAAGUGUUACGUUUCAUCGGCAUACAUUACCAUCUCCCCCAGGAAGUGCGCCCGUUGAUAGUAAUGCUGAUAUGUUUAGAAUACCGGACGAACCGCAAUUAUCUCCGUUAUCAAUGACAGAUCCCGACAGCGAUUCGGUUUUCCUUGAUAAUCCACCCUCAAAGCCACCAAGUGAAACUGUUCCUAGUAAUCAACAAGAAUAUGGAUUAAACAUUAGACCAGAAUAUGAUUUGCCCCAAAAUAUAGACCCAAUGUAUGACCUGAAAUCAUUAAGGCCUGAGGAAAUCAAAGUCCCUUCGGAAAAACCUAAGCUUACUAUAAUAUCAGCCGUGGCUAAUCAAAGAAAACUACUGAGAGGUUCGCUAGAAGAACAAGAGUACUUUGGAGAGGUGUUACUCGGGAUUAAACAAGUCAUACAAGGGCAUCUACAUGAUGUGCAGGGAAAAUUUCAAGAAAGAUUUAACAGCCUAGAAAAUGAAGUAAAAAAGCGCGAUGAGAUAAUAAGCCAGCUGCAAAAAAGAAUUCAAGAGUUGGAAAGAUUGGGUCUCCCAGGGGCUCCUAUUCUGCCUACUGAAGAGGUAUCACCAUUAGCUACCCCGGACACUGUUGUGAGCCAACCAUUGUCUAAAAAUGGUAGCUCUGGCAGCGAAGACAUAUCUGGUGCUGAGGAAGGCUUUAUGAGAGGAGAUUCCCUGGACACUGUUUUUGCCACAUCACCCCCAACAGCAAGUGCAGAUGAGGAAGAAAAAGAAAAUACUGAAGCGAAAGAACCCGAAAUUGAGGAAACUUAUGGACCGGUAGACUUAACAGAUGACAAAUUAUCAGAGUUGACAGGAGGCAUUGAACUAGGGAAGCUUUCAUAUUCAGAAUUGCAAAGCUUGGCUGAAUCUCUGUCGAGUAGGCCUGAUAAAACCAGUUCCAGCAAGGAGGAAUGGACGCUAAGCAAAGCGAAGAGGCUAGAUUUGAAUCUAGAUGGGAAGGCGGGAACGUAUUCGCGGAAACGAGCGGCGAAGCUGCGGCAGAGGAAGUCUUGGGAAGACCAGAGUGAUCAAGAGAGCAUGGAGAUGCAGGAUUUGACAAGGCCAAUUUCCCCGCAAAUGACCUCCGAAGACCGCUCCCUCCUCAGCCCAGAGCAGUCCAGCCUUCGCAGCAGCAGACGCGGCAUCCACCCGUUCCACUUCUUCGGCAGUCACCUCGACACCACCAAGUCGAAGAUCAAGAAGACGCUGUCUGUCGACACUGGGAUGCAUCACACUGGGAGAAAUGAUAAAAAAUCCAGUGGGCAGCGUCAACACCGCAAGUUCAGUCUGGGCUCGUUCUUCGGCUACCGCGGCGCGUCGCACAAGACACCAGCCAACUGCAACGAGGUGGUCCUCGAUAUGGGCAGCGAUUACAGCUGGAGCGACACUACCUCCACAUCUUCAAGCAGUGACUCGGAGUCUUUGCCUCGCACGCCAAUGUUCGAAGAGUUCGUCGAAAACAGCUCGCGAAGAGGUCGUGCCAGCAGUUCGAGUCACAGCAGUGUCUCUCCUAUUAGAGGUAGCGGUGGUGACUGGGAGGUAAUGAUGCUGGCAGACGAGUUGGAAAAGCGAGAGAGGGAAAAGGAGAGGGAUGAUGUAAGGAGGCACCACUUCCCAUCCACGCUUCGGGAAGAGGAGGAAUCCGACACGCUCCAAAGAGAUGACAGCGCGGACGAAUUCUCCAACAUCGAAGACUCCAACUCCUCAUCCACCACGCACCUUCUCUCUCAGUCCAUCAGCGACCCCUCACAGCGGUCCAUGGAGACCUCCUUCACGGAAGCCAGCAGCAGAUCUGGGAGGGAAACCAGGCAGCAGCGGGGUGGAUCUCUGGUGGAGCAGAGUCGUCCAGAUUUAACUCUUCGCCAGUCAAGAGGGCUGAUCCUCCGAGCCGCCAGCCUCGACCGGGAAACCACUCCUGCACCCUCCCAAACUCGCCGGUUCGGGUCCCUGAAGAGCUCAUCCACCGACUCCCAUAAGAGGCUCUGAUCCACUCACACUCACGGGCCAACUCACAGGUCCGAUGGUCACAAAAGUAUAGUUAAUAACUCCAAAUCAGUCGAGCCAAGACUGACCACUAUAUCGCGUGAUUUUGAAAAUCAUCUAGACGAUCAGUAUAGUCGCAUUAAAGGCGAAGAGCCAUCUUGUAGCGUAGAGGAUACUAUCAAAAAUAAUCGUAAGAAAUCGAAAUACUCUUUUAGUUUAAGUAAUGAUAAUUGUUUAGAGAGAAAUGUUGAGGACAGUCUGAGAAGAGAAGAAAUACAUCAAGGGUUAAGUGGAGAUAAAAGUAAGGAAAUUAGAUGUGACAGAAGAGAAGUUACGAUCAAUAGUAAUAAAAAACAACAUCAAAAACGUGAUGUUUUGCUUAAUCCAUAUGAAAAGAAUAAAAUAAAUUGUGACAGUGGCUCAAGUCUUAAUACUUAUUCUUUCAAUAUGAACAGGGAUUAUAAACAUUUGGUCCAAGCUAACAAAAGUAAUAAUUUGCAGCCAGAAUCUAGCAAUAUUUCGACUAAUAGAGGACAUGUUAAAAUACAAUCGUUUAAAGAACCAAAAUCUUAUAAUAAUGAUCCUACCCCACCUCGUCAUAGCGAACGUACUAGACAAAGAAAACACGGUAAACUUAAAGUCCAUGUAAAGAAUCAAAGAUCUGAAAGUAAUGAAAAUCGUGAACGCAGACCAAAUGCAAUGAAUAGAAGGGAUUCUAUCGUUAGUGAUUAUGAAAUUGAUAAUAACGGACAAGAUUUGAGGGUUGUAAGUAACGAAAGAAAUGGCAAUGUAACUUCAAACGCUGGGAAUUUUGGUGUGGGUCAAUUAUCAAUGGUGAUCAUUUUGUUCUACGAAGAAACGUCGUACAUAAUAUUUGUUUCGUUUGUAGAAUAGCUCACUGGAUACUUAUUUUUGAAUCUCUAAAUCUAUUUAAGUUAAAAUCUAGACUGUAAACGUAGUUUUCGACUCUUCUAAGUAUAAUUUAGCUGAACGAAUAAUACUAUCGAAUAUAGAUAUUCUUAGUUCGUCCUUAGGUAAUUAAUUUAGAAGUUUAACUUCUUGCGUUAGAGACGAACGAAUAUUGUUGAUAUGUUUUGUAUUACAAAUAUACUUUCUGGGCGGUAAAGCACAAAAAAACAGUGUAGUCCAGUUUUUAUUAUAAUAGCAUUAACAUAAAAAUCUGUAUGUUUCUAUUUAAAUUGUAAAACAGUUAAAUGUUUACUAAAUUAAAAUAUAAUUAAUAAUGUUACUUACUUAUUACCUCAGAUCAUAGAUACUUAUUACUCAAGUCACGAAUUUUAAUAUUAUUUUAUUUAAUAAAGUUUAUAAAUGUGUCAGUUCCUUUCUACUUUCGAAUUUUGUUAUUGUAAUAAGUACCUACAUUAAUUAGAUAAAUAAUUAAUUAUCGUACACAUAAUCAUAUUUAUUGUUAUUGUCUCAGUGGUAUAUUGAACUAAAGUGGCUCUUUUAUCAAAAAUCCAGGGUGCUCCCAAAAGCUGUCAAAUAAAAAUAAUGCCCUCGAUGAAAUUUGGAUGUUUGUCGAUUAUUUUUUGAAUCCCUACAGUAAAAUAAACUAUUAAAAAGAUAAAAAUAACGUUCUGGUAGAAUCAGAUAGUUACUUUAUUCGAAUGAAUAAACUAAAUUAUGGAACUAAAUUAUAAAUUAAAGUCACCAGAAAAUUAUAGUCAGAUUCUACGUUUACUUAUUCAUAAAUUAGUAUUUUUAUGAACUUCAAAUUUAUUUUCUGUAAAAAGCACAACAUAAAAACAUAAAAAUAUUGUUCCAGUUAUUUAUAUUAAAUGUCAAAUAAAUAUUGAAAAUUUAAUUUAACACUCAAAAUUUAGAUAGGUAGGUAUUUCUAUGAAAAUAUAAAAUAACUGCAUUUAAUGUCCAUUUUAGUGAUUUUAGUGCCAAACAAAUUAUUAUUCUGUAGAAAUUUUUCGAAUUCUAAUAGAUGUUACGAUAAAAAAGAUGUUACUAUGUAAAUAAUAGUUUAAGGCACAUAAAACAUAAUUUUAUUGAAAAAAUAACGACUAUUAUCUAUAUAAAUAAACUAGUGAGAUAUUUAUAAUGCGUAACUAACUAUAGUUGUAGGUACGCAGAUUUAGAUUAAUUUUAACUACUUCUGAAAAAAAAAAUUAAUGCAUUUCCUUUACUUUUUAUAAUAAACUAGCGUCUCUCGCAUCGCCUAUCUGGGUUUCAGUCAUUCAGAGAUCUUUAUCGGGCUUUUCAGGAUCAAAUAUGAAAUCCUUUACAGACUUUUUGAAGCUACAGCUCUUGGCCUACAUCAGACCUGCUAAAAAGUAAUACACAGGCGGAAAGCUAAAGGCGAACUUCACCCGGAAAAAUCGAAACUAAAAUUGAUGAAAAACAAUGUGACUUUCAGCAUUUUAAGAGCUCUAUCUACUACGCCGAAUCGAUCAUCAAAAUUAAAUGAAUGAUACGAAAAACUACAAUUUCUUUCACGUUUCAGGAAGAAAUUUCACUACUUUUUAACUGACUUCAAAAAAAGAAGGCGGUUCUCAAUUCGAGUGUAGGUAGGUCUGUAUGUUUUUUUUGUCUAAUUUUUUCGGUCUGAAAGACUGUGCUGAAACGUAAAAGCUCGUUGCAUAAGUUAUUUAAUUUUCAUAUUUUCUUCAAAGCAUACAAAUGCCAAAUCAUAUUUGCCAAAAAUGUCUAAUACCUACCACCUACUACGAGGUAGGGUAGGUAUAAAUUGUCCCACGUGUGAAGUCCUUCUUUUAACAGAAAUUAAACUCGUACAAGUUCUAGAACCCUUCUGAAAUUUCCAUUACCUACAAAAACCGAAUUUUAAUAAUGAUCAUAAUCUAAAAUAGAAAUAACUGGGUACAAUUUUAUAUUUUAUAACGUAGUAAGUAACUUGUAAUUUAGCACAAGGUAAUAUAAUAUUAUUAUUUCAACUAAAUUACCUUUUAGACUUUAAUAAAGUCCAAUUAAUUUAAGGCAUGAUAUUAUAUUAGAUAAAUAUAAAGAUACAGAGCACUUUAGUGAGAUAGAUACUUACUAUGACAAAUGUAACAUUUUUCAUUACAAAAUUUAGUUUUAGGUGUAAAACUCAUCUGAGGAGAAUGAAAAAUAAAUUAA